CAAGCAAAAAACUUUCCACGAGAGAUGAUCAAAAAGAUUUUACAAGCAAGCAUGAGUGACAAUUUUAGAUGUAUUUACACCGUGAUAGUUAUUGCUUGCUUCUUUAUUCAGCUGCAAUUUCUAAUGGUCACACUAUUGGUGAAUCAACGAAAAGAACAACUUGAAAAAUAUUACCAAAUAAUAGCAAUGCAAAGAAAACACGGAAUCCCAUCUUGCUGGGUAAAGAGGGGAGAGCUAGUAACUGGUGGAUACAGUUUGUUUACAAUAAAGUACCUGUUCAGAUUGGAUGGAAAAUUUCCGCAUGUUUAAGGAUAGUUUUUAUUAAUUGUUGUUCAGCAUAGUAUAACAUGUCGAAUAAAUAUCAACCUGCUAAAACUCUGCAAGUGUAAACACCAUAAAAACUUAUGCGUUUUUAUAUACGAGUUUUUCGCUUUAAAACUAUUACGUUUUGUUUGAAUCCGGAUACUUUCGUUGAAUCCGGAUUUUUUCUUUUAAUCCGGAUACUUUCUUUUAAUCCGGACACUUUCCUUGAAUCCAGAUACUUUCUUUCAAUCCGGUUACUUUCUUAGAAUCCGGAAACUUUCUUUGAAUCCGGAUACUUUCCUUAAAUCCGGACACUUUCUUUGAAUCCAUAUAUUUUCUUUAAAUCCGGAUACUUUCUUUGAAUCCGGAUAUAACUGCUCAAAUAAAGGUCGUGAUAAUUUAGUUUUACAAACGGCCUGUGCUCGCGUGAUUUACGUUCUGCUUUAACAGCACGCUUUUCUUUCUAGGAGUAUUGUUUGUCAAUGUCAAUGAGUUUUCGGGCAUGGGCAGGAAGUCACUUGGUGAUAGAUUUCUAACUUCUACAGCUGAUGCAAUGUCAGCAAAAGAAAAAAAUAAGGAUAUACACAGUGGAGAGUGUUUUGGCAUGCGCAGCUAAAUGUAUGAAAAAUUGGAGAUGUAAAAGUUUCUCCGCACAGAAGACCGGAAAUGUAAAUUGUGGCCUUUUAGAUGGAACUCUGGCUACCAACCAUUAUUAUAUACAUAAAAAUUAUUUCUACGACAAUUAUGAAAUGCAGAAUAUGUGUACAUUGAAUCCGUUUAUUUGUGAGCAUGGAAGUGUGUGCUUUCCAAACUUUGAUAAAAACACCUACUAUUGUGAUUGGUGCUUUCCACCUUACUAUGGCGCUCACUGCAACCUCACUGAUGCAGAUGUGGCCAAGACGCCAAUACCAACUGAAAUUUCGCAAGGUAAAAGGGCUUCCUGUGAGACUUUGAAAGAAAAUUUUAAAAUUUCCGAUGAAAACAUCAGCUAUUACGACAUAUACCCUUGGAGGGAUAUGAGAAAGCUUAAAGUUGCCUGUCAGGGUGGAUGGAUGAGAAUCCUCAACAUUGCAUCGCCACAAAAUGGUUCUGCAAACCAUCAUACUGUCACUAAGUUGGAAAAUCUGCGUGCAACCAACUUCAGAGUUACAACGACGGUGUUAAACAUGCUCUACAAACUAAUUGGCUUCAAAAAGUUUCGUUGGGUUUGCCAAAGAAACAAUAGCAAUGUGAAAGAUAUUGAGGGGAACCAUAAGAGUCCGUCAAUCGAAAUGCUGAAAUAUUUGAUCGGUGAAACAAAUGAAUUACCAUCAUCCUGCCAUUCAAUUAAAUACAAAGACAGUAUCCCAGUUUCGUGUCAAAGUGUCGUUAAUAAGACAUUGUCAUCUACCACGGUGCCAUAUGAAUCCCGAAACUACAGAGAAAUUAUAAAUUUUGGACCAGGCGGAAAUUUAACAUUCAGCGCUGGUGAUGGAAUUUUUGGAUGUCUUGACAAGCCAGGAGAUUAUAUGGCAAACGACUUGUACGAAAUUUGGGUGACAUGAUUUUGAUGUAAUUUUCAAAAAAAAAAGUUUAAAAUAGCCUGACAUUUGAGCGAGUUGAGUUGGAUGCUUUUUUUUUAAAAAACAAUUGGGUAUCUCCAAAAAAUUGCAUUGUAAAAUAUGCACGCAGCGGUUGAUUUAUUAUGUUAAGACAUUUAUGGAAGUCGUGUUUAAUUUUGAAUACUUUUAUUUUAUUGCUUAUCAAUUAUAACUUAACCAUCUUCUUCUCUUUCUAUGAAAUCUAAAGCAUAUUAGCGAACUUGUAGUGAAACUUUACAGUAUUAUAUAGGUAACCACUAACCGUAAGAUGUUGAAAAAUCAACAGCAAUUCCAAUGAUAUUGCUCGCACCUUCAACAUCUUAGUUUCUACGUGCUAGUAGACAAGUUGUAAAUAUUACCCUAUGUAUUAUUUAAUUUUUAUGCAAUAUUUAUUAGUUUACAUUAUGUAUUCUUUAACAGCACAAAAUGUUAGAAAAAUCGUAAAAAACACA